GUUAAGUGUUACUCGUGAGUUUAGCUUCAUUUUUCUCUUCUCUACUCUCACAGUCUCACUUACACCAACUUUUCUUUUUCUUCCUUAACUUCAUUUUCUCUCUCCUAUUUCUUCCUGUUUUUUUGCUUUGAAUACUCCAACAAAGAUUAAAAAUGGUGAAGGAGACAGAAUACUAUGAUAUUCUGGGUGUUAGCCCUUGUGCGUCCGAGGACGAAAUUCGAAAAGCUUAUUAUCUUAAGGCUAGAAAAGUUCACCCGGAUAAAAAUCCUAAUGAUCCUCAAGCUGCUGAAAAGUUUCAGAUAUUAGGAGAAGCUUACCAAGCUCUAAGUGAUCCAGUGCAACGAGAUGCAUAUGAUCGAAAUGGAAAGCAUAGCGUUUUGAAAGAUUCAAUGCUUGAUCCAACAGCAGUAUUCGCCCUGCUAUUUGGAAGCGAACUUUUCGAGGACUACAUUGGACAUCUAGCUGUAGCAUCGAUGGCAUCCUCUGAAUUAAUCAGUGAGCAUGAUACUCCUGAAAGGAUUAAUGAAAAGUUGAAGGCAAUACAGAGAGAAAGGGAAGAAAAGCUGGCAGGAAAACUGAAGCAUAUUCUUAACCAAUAUGUUCGCGGUGAUAAGAAAGGAUUCAUACAGCGAGCUGAAAGUGAGGUCAAGCGUCUUACUGAUGCAGCUUUUGGAACCGAGAUCUUAAACACCAUAGGCUAUGUAUACUCAAGACAGGCUGCACUGGAGCUUGGGAAGAAAACUAUGUACCUUGGAAUGCCCUUCUUGGCGGAGUGGGUGCGCAAUAAAGGGCAUAUCUGGAAAUCCCAGAUAACUGCAGCUAAAGGUGCUUUUCAAUUGCUUCAAUUACAAGAAGAUGUACGCCGCCAAUUUAAGAUGGAUGGUAGCGGCCCUGCAAAUGAUUUUGAAUCUCACAUACGGCAAAACAAAGAAAUGCUUAUGAGCUCGUUAUGGAAAUUGAAUGUUGUUGACAUUGAAAUGACUCUCCUACAUGUUUGCCAAUUGGUGCUACUGGAGAAGAACGUAAAGAAAGAAGAGUUGAAAGAUCGCGCUUUAGCUCUGAAAUUACUUGGGAAGACAUUCCAGAGGGAAAAACUCACACAGGAAUCUGAAACAUCAAAGAAAAAAACACUAGCCGAGAUAGAUGACAGUGAUUCUGAUAGCGGUUCUGAAGAGGAUUCAUCCCGGAUGCUAAGUUAUCGUACUCCUAUGUUGAGUCAGGGAAUUGGGAAGCUAUUCAGAUGCUUGUGUAAUCCUGCAUUUGAUGUAGAUGAUGAUGAGAUUGUCUACAGGGGGAAAUGACUCCACAAAAUUCACCAAACUAUUGCUAUUCAAAAGUCAAAACGAUGACAAAUGCAUCAACAGAAGUUGCAACUCUUUGAAUUAUCUGCAUAUAGCUGUCCAAAGUUACUGGCUUGACUUGUGAAGUGAACAUUCAUAUAUUUGUUUUAUUAGCCUGAUGGCUUGUUCGAAAAGAGAAGUUGCCAUCCGAAGGCGAGUACAUGAAAGAUAUGCUAAUAUAUUUGAAACUUCUUUA